AUGGCAGCCCUGCAGGAGAAGAAGUCAUGCAGCCAACGCAUGGCUGAAUUCCGGCACUACUGUUGGAACCCGGACACUGGGCAGAUGCUGGGCCGCACCCCAGCCCGGUGGGUGUGGAUCAGCCUCUACUACGCAGCUUUCUAUGUGGUCAUGACGGGGCUCUUCUCCCUGUGCAUCUACGUGUUGAUGCAGACCAUCGACCCCUACACCCCAGACUACCAGGACCAGUUAAAGUCACCGGGGGUAACCUUGAGACCUGAUGUGUAUGGGGAAAGAGGGCUGCAGAUUUCCUACAAUGUCUCUGAAAACACCUCCUGGGCUGGCCUAACACACACCCUCCACAGCUUCUUAGCAGGCUACACCCCCGCAUCCCAGCAGGACAGCAUCAACUGUACCUCUGAAAAGUACUUCUUCCAGGAGAGCUUUUCAGCUCCAAACCACACAAAGUUCUCCUGCAAAUUCACUGCAGACAUGCUGCAAAACUGCUCAGGCCUGGUGGACCCCAACUUUGGCUUUGAGGAGGGAAAGCCCUGCUUCAUUAUUAAGAUGAACAGGAUUGUCAAGUUCCUUCCCAGCAACAACACAGCCCCCCGAGUGGACUGCACCUUCCAGGAUGAUCCCCGAAAUCCCCGGAAGGACACUGAGCCCCUGCAGGUGGAGUACUAUCCGCCCAAUGGCACCUUCAGUCUCCACUACUUCCCCUACUAUGGCAAGAAAGCCCAGCCUCAUUACAGUAACCCUCUGGUGGCAGCAAAGCUUCUCAACAUCCCCAAGAAUACAGAAGUCAUCAUUGUGUGCAAGAUCCUGGCAGACCAUGUGACUUUCGACAAUCCCCAUGACCCAUAUGAAGGGAAAGUGGAGUUCAAACUUACAAUACAGAAGUAA